AUGACCGAACCCUUCCCAACCCCAUCGACGACGCCGAAGCGCAAGCGAGAUGAGCAGUUCUCUUUGUCCCCGAUAUAUACGACCUCGAAUUUCUCCUUCCAGCUCUCCAAUGCCACAAGCGAGGAGGACGGAAGCGGGAGUCCCCACAGCAAGGUCGUCCACAAGUUCCGUGGUUUGGCGCUGAAUGGUGGUGAUGGUAGUGGGGCGGGGUAG